GUAUUGGCUCGUGGAUUUGUGGACGCCUGCUGGGCCCAGCUGAAACCUCCUGUUGGUGUUGUCUCCCCUGUUCAAAUGUGAGAGCAGAGACGAUCUUACUUCAUCUGGAAUACCUACCAUUUAGGGAGUUCACUACUUGGAUUCCUUGAAAUUAUGGAUUGCCCACCUGUGUUUUGAGAAAACUUUAGCAUGUGGUUUUCUGGAGAUACUGCCACAAGAACUGAAAGUAUUAUAGAGCUGGCGUUAGGGGUAGGAAGGUGAAGCGACUUCCAGUCAUUUGGAAAGGAUGGGAUGAAAAGGAACCUUGGUGAUAAUUUUGAUGUCUGCAAGAUUUAGUACCAGCGUAAUGGGAUUAUCGGUAACACCUUCACUGCAGAAAAAGCCACCUGGCGCUAUAACUGGCAGCAACUGAGAACUAAUCCUUUCCCAUCUCUUGGAUGUCAUUCAUGAAGCUCAAAGUGAUUUCUAUCCUGCUAGCUGUGAUUAAUUUUAUAACCCCUACCUUCCCCCCAAAAAAAAAUCAAGUGAUCAAGGCAAAGAACAUGUGGAAAAAAAUUAGGCCAGUGGUGUCCAAGUCUGCAUAGAACUAUGCUUCGAAGUAUUCUGGGGAAAACCUUUCGACUUCUUGGCUAUACUCUUCAGUAUGGCUGUAUAGCUCAUUGUGCCUUUGAAUACGUCGGUGGUGUUGUUGUGUGUUCUGGGCCAUCAAUGGAGCCUACAAUCCAGAAUUCUGACAUUGUCUUCGCAGAAAAUCUUAGCCGACAUUUUUAUGCUAUCCAAAGAGGUGACAUUAUAAUUGCCAAAAGUCCAAGUGAUCCUAAAUCAAAUAUUUGUAAAAGAGUAAUUGGUUUGGAAGGAGAUAAAGUUUUCACGCACAGUCCGUCAGAUUACCUUAAAAGCCAUAGUUAUGUACCAAGAGGUCAUGUUUGGCUGGAGGGUGAUAAUCUCCAGAAUUCUACAGAUUCUAGGUACUAUGGGCCUAUUCCAUAUGGACUAAUCAGAGGACGCAUUUGCUUAAAGAUUUGGCCUCUGAAUGAUUUUGGACUUCUACGUGACAGUCCCAAUGGCCACAGAUUUUCUGAUGAGUAAUCAGCAUUUAGCCAACCAAAUCAUUUCAUUACAGCAUCGUGUUCUUCGAGAAAUAUUUUUACUAAGUCACUGGAACCAUGUAUUUAUAAAUAAAAUAUUUGAUACUGAAUUUUAUUUUCAAA